GAAAUAGACCAACAGCUGUAAUCAGCGGCAGUCCUGUCACACCUUCAUCAUGUUUCCCUUGACCAGAAACGCACUAAAUCAGUUCAAGAUUCGAAGCAUUCAACAACUUAGGUCAAGACAGAGUAACAAAAAUCAUUCUCAAGAUUUCCAUGAUAGAUACGGUAACACUGUAUUAGCCAGUGGGACUGCUUUCUGUGUUGUUGCAUGGGUGUUCACGGCCACACAGAUUGGAAUAGAGUGGAACCUGUCUCCAGUGAGAAGAGUCACCCCAAAAGAAUGGAAUGAUGAGUAACCAUCAAAGUUACUGUAAUACAAAAUUGUUUCAAAAUCAACUUGUCACUUAAGCACUCUGCUGCUCAUUAAAAUAUAGCAUAAUUGAAGAAAUAAAAUACAU